GUGCUUGGUUCCAGCUCUCUGCUGCAUCAUUCAUUCAGAUAAGUUGUUUCACCCUUUUUGAAGACAUGCUGCACUGGAUUUACUGCUUUCUACUUUCUUUGUGGUUUUGGGGGUCAGGGCAGUGUGGGCCCCAGACAAGACCCCACUCUGACAUAACGGACCAGGAACUGUUCUGGGGCGCUGAUCAGUAUGACUUCUCUGUGGUGCUUCCUGCAGCUGGGACUGAAUGUUUCUGGCAUUUUGCUCAUCGUGGAGAGAGAUUUUACCUGAGUUUCAUGGUGCAGUGGGUGACAGGCGUGGGUCAUGACAGACAUCUAUCAGUGAUGGUGAAUGCUCCCAGUGGUUUGAUGGUGUCCACUUCUGAUGAUGCAAAGGGUCAGAUCAACUUUGAGGUCGAGGAAACAGGUUUCCAUCAGAUGUGUUUCAGCAACUUCCACAACCGCUUCAGCACCAUGCAGGUGUUCCUCAGCUUUGGGGUUUACUAUGAAGAUUACCAAGACCCCUCCAUGAGCCAUGAGGAGGAGAUGGAGGAGGAAGUGAGCAAAGACCUGAACAACACGCUGAGGGGGAUUGAGACAGCGACACACAGAGUGGAGCAGCGCGUCUUCCACGUGUUCCGUUACUACAGCUUCGGCCGGAUGAGGAAGAGUGCGGACUACUUCCUCCUGCAGUCCAACUCUCUGUACAUCAGCUGGUGGUCCACAGCCCUCAGCCUGCUCAUCAUCACCUCUGGGUACCUGCAGCUGCUGUUCCUCAAAAGUCUCUUUGUGAGCACGACUGGGCCCGAGGAUGACAAGCCCCGAUGUUGAGUCCAGGUCAGCCCGUUGGGCUCAAACAGGAAAAGCCAUCCGAUGUGCUGAAGUUUUGUGUGAUUGGAUUCAUGUUUGUAACAGUAAAGAUGUGUUUCUCUGA